UACACCGUUUGGAUUAUGAUCUGAAACAAACAACGUAUAAUAAAAAUUCAGUCCAAAUAAAGUAAAGACACUGGCGGAAAAUAUGUCUGAUGAAUGUGAUAGCUUAAAAUGUCAACGUAGCUCGUUGGCAGUCAAUUUAAGUUGUUGCUCAAAUUUGGUAGACUCUGGCAAUGGAUCAUUGAGACAAAUAGAUGCUGGAUACAAUGAUAAUACACCUACAACUUCAAAGGGUGGUAAAUAUGGACAUUCUAAGAGUAAACAAAGAUCUAUACUUCUAGAGAACAUGAGUGCCAAUGACGAAAUUUUAAAUAGAGAUUGCGAAAGAUUGAAGGAAGCUAUUUUAACCAAGACUAAGCAAGUAUUUGACAUACAAAAUGAGCUUUCUGUUAAGACACGUAUAAUUUUAGAGUCUAAGUUUUCAAUCUCUAAUAAUGAUCGUAUGUAUAAUGCUGCCAAUAGUAAAGUAUCCACAAUAUCGAAUAUUUCUGAUAGAAUUGAACAUAAAGAUACACAAAACAGUAUAAACCAAUUCAUUGGUAGUACACCAAAAGAUAUGUGUAACAAUAAAGUCAUCAAGGACCUGAGAAAGCAACAUAAAUUGAAGAGAAGACGAUUGUUCAAUGGAAGCAGACACUUAAAUGAUACAAACAUGUGUAACAAUAAUGUAAAUGGAAAUAGUAAUUCUCCAAUAUUGUGUUCAUCACUAUCAAAAGACAGAAGCUAUAGGAGUAGCAUUGUACUAGCUGGAAGUAAUAAAAGACCUAAUGCUUUAAAUCUAUCUCAUUCUGUUGCUUGUAAAAAUCCAUCUGCUUCUAUUUCAAGUAUUUCAGAAGAUGAUAGCAUAUUUAUGGCAGUACCUAUUGGUUGUUCAACAAUGAUAAAUGACCAAAUAUUAGAUUCAGAGACUGAAGAAUGUUCUCAGACUGAAAGUGAAUUAUCUCCUUCAAACAGUCAUACAAACAAAAAUAUUUGUCCCAUGGAAAUAACUCAUUUUCAGGGAGGAAUUAUAUCAAAUGACAAACAGCAAUCUUCGGUACAGGCAACUGUAGAAGUUUCUGAACCAUCAAAUAAAAUUUGUAAAGGGUUAGAAAAAUCCUCUUUAAUUAAUAACAUUCAUGAACAAAGUACUAAAGUACACUAUAAUGACCAGAGUAUACAAGCAAUCCCAAGUAAUAGUGCAGAUACAAUACGUACUUCUUUGAAUGUAAAUACAUCCAUUGAUAUAGAUAAUAAAUACCACAGAAGGAAGCAGAGAAAGUAUAAUAAAAACAGUAGAGACAGACAAGAGAAAGGUAAGUAUUCUUCUGUCUCUGAAGAAGUACAAGAAAGCAUAAAUACCAAUUGUACUUCGUUGCAAAUGAAUACAUCCUUAGAUACAUCAAAUAAAUUAUGUUUGCAAGAAAAUAAUAACAAAAGGAAAUUGUCAGUAUCGAAUGAUGUGGUAAGCAAAAAUACAGAUGCAGAAGAAAAUCUUACUACCACUUCUAAUAUGCAUAAGACACAAGAUAGAAUUGUAAAUAAAACUCGGGAUAGUCAUAGCUAUGUUGAAGCUACUCCAUAUCCAACAUUAUUAAAACCACAAUUGAGGCAGAACACUGUAGCACAUUCGCUUAAUAGUAAUUUUCAUAAUGACGAAAAUGCAGAAUGCAGAAAUCCUCGUCAAUCGAUUAUUUUAAAUGACUCGUCUUCUUGUGAAACACACUGUAGUAAAUUGCAAACAUCUGUACUUAUACAAGAAUCAAUGGAUGGGAGCGAAUUAAAAAAAGAUCAGAAUACAACAAAUCCAACAGUACCAGCUGGUAAAAGAAAAUGUAAGAAGCUAUUGCCUCUUCGUGAAUGUUCUCAAUUAUUAUCAUUCUCUCCAAUGGAGCAUGAACAUUUACCACCUGUAUAUCCAAUGCAUACAAAAAGACGCAAGAAAAAAAAGAAACAACAUAUAAAAAAUAAAGUCAAUUCAAAAAGUAAUGAAAAUAAUAUAAAAUUCAUUGAGAGACAAAGCAGUGAACAGUUACUGUUGGAGGAUGAUGAUAAUUUUAUUUUCCCUAAUAAGAAGAAACCCUCCAAAAAAACAAGAAAAAUUAUAAGUAAAAAAAUGACUGUUAAAAAAAUUGUUGAAGAAGAUAUUUUAAAGAAAUUAGAAGAAGAGAGAGAAAAUAAGAUUAAACCGCGUAUAGGUACUUCGAGUAGCAAUUCGUUAAAUGAUUUCCAGGCUGAUAAAGGUUUAACUAGUACGUCAUCAUCAAAAAGAAAAACACAAAAAAUAAGUAUUGUUGCAACAGGUCUAUCCAAUGAUGAUAAAAAUAUAAUUAAAAGUGUUGUUAAAUCUCUUGGUCAUGCAAAACUUGAAGCACGCGUUACGAAACGAACAACACACGUAGUAACCACGGGUGUGCGUACGAUAAAUCUACUACACGGAAUUAUACGAGGCUGUUGGCUCGUUAAAUUUGAAUGGAUUUUGAAGUCUUUAGAAAACAAUGCGUGGUUAGACCCAGAAGAAUACGAAAUGGCACAUUUUUCAAAAGCAGUGCUGGAAAACCGCAAAGACAGGCAAUUAUUUGGAACAUCCUAUGUCCCUGAAUUGUUUACUGCUUGUGGGUGUAUAUAUGUCGAGAAAGAUACAAAACCUCCGUAUGAUGCGAUGAAAGAUCUAAUAAAAACUGCAGGUGGUCGUCUUACCGAUGAUCCAGAAACCGCGAAAAUUGUAAUUGGCACAAAAGGUUUAAAAGAAAGCUGGGUUUUGGAUUGUAUUACAACGGGAGAAUUACAACCAUACAAUCAAUACCAACGACAUCAGAUAAAUUCUAACACUCAGAAGAGUAAAUACAAGUAGUAAAAUAGUACUAUUUAAUUCAAAAGCGAUAUUUUCGAUUAAAACUAAACACGAAUCAUGUAUAAAAUAAUUUUUACAAAUAUCGAAUUGUUUAAUUAAUUUAAUAGAUAAAAUUCCAUUGUAUUUAAAUGUCAACACAAUUAUGCAUAAUGCAUAUAACAAAAAUUGUAUAUUUAAUUGAUUCACUUAUUAUUUAGUUAAGUGU